AUGGCCAGUUCAUGGACUGACGGGAUCUUUCUCAAGAUCGUCAACAUCAUCGUAUACGUAUUAUUCCUCGGAUCCAACAUCUACACCGUCGCUUCCCCCUCCGACAUCUAUUUCACCGGAAAAGAAACAUACAUCACCCCCGCUCCUUGGGCCUUCUUAAUCUGGACCCUCAUCCACAUUCUCCUCCUCGGAACCAUCAUCUACCAAUUCUUCCCUUCCGGCAAACCCACCAUCAUCGACUCCAUCUCCUUCCGCCUUCCCCUCCUCGGUCUUCUCAACGCCAUCUUCGUCACCCUAUGGGCGCGUCAAUCUUAUAUCGCUGCGUUCGUAUUCGCACUCCUCGUGUCAUCCGCGGUGACCCAUAUCUAUUACAUCGUCAAGAAACACCACGCGUCGCAGUCUCUCGCCGACGAGCUGUUUAUACACCUCCCGUUUUCGUUGUAUCACGGGUGGAGCACGGUUCUGGUCAUCAUCACGGUGUUUGAGGCGUUUGGGAAUGAUGCGCUCCAUGAGAAAGCUGGGGUUUGGACCAAAGUCCUAGUAUUCCUCGCUUUAUUCUUCCUCGAAGCCACCGCCGCCACAUACGCCUUCUCCACCCCCGAAGGCGACCUGCCCGCCUCCAUCGCCAUCUGCUGGUCCCUCUUCGCCAUCUUCGCACACCAACGCUCUCCUGGCUUCAUCCACUGGUCUGCUCUCGCCUUUGCCCUCCUUUCCCUCGUGUGGGUCUUGAAAGGCGGUUAUGGUCUCGUUGUGCGCUCUAGAGCAAGUGGUGGGAUUCGGUUGGAGGAUCCGGAACGGGCGCCGUUGGUUGGUGGGAAUUGA